CACCGGGGCGAGGUAAGACUGUCCCGGCUGAGCUGCUGGGACGCGCCCUUAUCAACUGGACAUGAACCCGUGCGCCGGUCCACGCAGGCUCGUUUAGGAUCUGUGGGAGUCCGGGAGUCUCAGGAUGAUGCGUUUCCUGCUGCUGUUCAGUCGUCAGGGGAAACUGCGGCUGCAGAAAUGGUUCACGGCUCUCAGCGAUCGCGAGAAGAAGAAGAUCAUAAGAGACGUCACGCAAAUGGUGCUGGUGCGACCGCCCAAGGCCUGCAACUUCCUGCAGUGGAGGGAUCUGAAGAUCGUGUACAGGAGGUAUGCGAGUCUGUAUUUCUGUUGUGGUUUGGAACAAGACGACAAUGAGUUGCUCACACUGGAACUUCUGCACAGAUACGUCGAGCUGCUGGAUCAGUACUUUGGCAACGUGUGUGAAUUAGACAUUAUUUUUAACUUUGAGAAGGCUUACUUUAUCUUCGAUGAGUUUGUUAUUGGUGGAGAAGUGCAGGAAACAUCUAAAGUGUCGGUGGCCAAAUCGAUGGAGGAAGCAGAUUCUCUUCAGGAGACGAUGGAGGAGUAUAUAAGCAAACCCACAUACUAAAAGGAACAUCUUCAAGCCAUCACUUCAGUCCUCAAAGACACAAUAACAAGAACUUCAUAUGCUGAAUUUAUUUAAUUGAGCUUCCAUACAAAGUCACAACACUGGAUUGGCAACACAACUAAGAAUUUCAGUUUGAGUGAGAGUACUAUUAUUAAAUUAUUGGAUUUUAAUGUCAAAUGUAACACAUUUGGUUUUAGACAAUCAGGGAGGGAUACACUAAUGGAGUCAGUAUAUAUAUGUAAACCUGGACCACAAAACCAGUCUUAAGUAGCAUGGGUAUAUUUGUAGCAAUAGCCAAAAAUACAUUUGUAUGGGUCAAAAUGAUCAGUUUUUCUUUUAUGCCAAAAAUCAUUAGGAUAUUAAGAAAAGAUCAUGUUCCAUGAAGAUAUUUUGUAAAUUUCCUAACAUAAAUAUAUCAAAACUUAACUGUUGAUUAGUAAUAUGCAUUGCUAAAAACUUCAUUUGGACAACUUUAAAUUUGAUUUUUUUUUGCACCCUCAGAUUUGAGAUUUCCAAAUAGUUGUAUCUCGGCCAAAAUUUUAUCCUAUACCAACAAACCAUACAUCAAUGAAAACUUAAUUAUUCAGCUUUUAGAUGAAGUAUAAAUCUCAGUUUCAAAAAAUUGACCCUUAUGACCAGUUUUUGUGGGCCAGGAUCACAUAUAUAUUUUAAAGAAAUGUAUACUUUUAUUAAUCAAGGAUGCAUUCAAUUGAUCAGAAGUGACAGUAAAGACAUUUCUAAUGAUAAAAAAGAUUUAUAUUUCAAAUAAAUGCAGUUCUUGAUUUCAAGGAUCAUGUGACAAUGAAGACUGGAGUUUUGAUGCUGAAAAUUCAGCUUUGCUUCACAGAAAUAAAUUACAUUUUAAAAUAUAUUCAAAUAGAAAACAGUUAUUUUAAAUUGUAAUAAUAUGUCACAGUAUAAUUGUUUUUACUGCAUUUUUGAUCAGAUAAAUGCAGCCUUGGUAAGUAUUGUGUGACAACACUGUGAAAUUAGUCAUUUGGUUUCUGUUCAUUGUGCACAAUGAAGUAAAUUUUAUUCUGAUUUUUCUCUGUGUGCAGACAAUCAGUCAGUAACUCCCAGACAAAUAUUAGAUUUAACUGAAACUGACAAAAAAUAUUUAAAAUCUGAAGUGUGUUGCAAGGACUGGCAAAGCUGGAAUACCCAAAUCUGGAAUGUUUUUUAUUGUUUUUUUAAUUAAAUAAUAAAAUGCAUUUUAUUAACAGUUGAGACUUUUUUCUGAGAAUGUUUGUAAUAGCAUAAAUACAGCUUAUUCUAUACAUGCAUUUUAAUAUGUAUUUAUAAAUGUAAAUGCAUUUCGGGUUGCACGUUACAGAAACCAGUCACCGAAAACCAAAACAAAACAAGAUUUUAUGUUAUGCAAAGGCUGCAGAGGUUACUCGGCAGUGAGAGAAACACUACACAGAGGACCAU